AUGAGGGCACACCUAGCCCGCCAUGCUCGACGGGUCGUUAUCCAGCACUCCCGCUCCCCGUCUUGCGCUCUCUACUCAGCUCCUACCCGACGGAGACAAUUGUUUCGCCCGAUAGCCCACGGUGUCGUCUCGUACCGAACCUUUUUCGAUGGCCUGUUCCAGAAGGCACCCCGAGAGGUGCGCCAGCCCGAGUUCGAGCCGGGAUGGAUGAAGAUUAUGGUCUGGAGGAGUCGAAUGCUCGACAACUUGCGCCCACCACCGACAAAUGAACUCAUCAAAUGCUGGAACAUAUUUUUCAAUGCGAAGCUUUCGAGCCGGGUGCCAUUGAACGCGACUCAGGCCCUGCAGUGCCACCGGCUUCUUGAUUACCUCCUGCAACAAAUAUCCGACGCACCCGCAAAGAGCCGGUUGAAGCUGGAACGCAAGGACCUGAACAAUGCUCUUACUGCUCUUCGGACACUACGACCUCGUGAGAGGACUGCACAGCACCUAGAACUCGCUAAGAGAAUAUAUUCUGUUCUCGCCUCAGGCACUUUGAGCAAGCAGAACAAGCAUCCCGACACUGCCCUGUGGGCGCAAUACAUUCACACCAUCUGUCUCUAUGGCGGGUCUAAGGAAGCUCUUGAGCUGCUCCACGCCGACUGGGAUAAUGCGAUCGAUCUCACGAAGAAUGGCGAUAACUUGGUGAUCCCUGUGGCACAGGGCCUGGCUAGGGACGGCUGCGAGCAGGAGCUGGUGGAACUGGUUGAAUAUGCGGAGAAGAAUGACAUCCCCUUUGACAAGCACGCACAGGCAGCAGUUGUCUCAUUUUUUGCUCAGCGAAAUAAGGUCCUCGAGACAAAAUACUGGUUCGAUAAACUUCCCGCAUCCGGAAGCCGCACAGCCGAAGUCUAUCCCCUGGUUGCAGCCUUUGCAAUUCGAAACAACUUGCAAGAAUGGGCCGUGCCUCAUUUUCUUGAACUCGGUGACACGAAGCCCGAAAAGCCCUACUGGGACAGCUUACUACAGUCUAUUCUUGUCAUGGGAAAGGGUUUGAAACAAGUGGAGGGCAUGAUGUCCCACAUGGCCGAUUCAACUGGUCCUGUGAAGGCAGACACAUCCACGAUUAAUGGUCUUCUCCGCGCUGCGGUAGACCUGAAGGACCCCAUGCUGGCAGAGGACAUCCUGUCGCUCGCUACAGAGAAGGAUCUGAAGUUAGAUGGCGAGACAUACCUCAUUCAGAUGGACCUGCGCCUGGAAGCAGGUUACUUGCCGGGUGUGCAGGCUGCGUAUAAGAGUGCCAAGAAACUCGAACCCUGGCACUCUAAUCCUGAUCGGUGGUGGGAGUAUUGCCAGUUGCUCAACCAGUACCUGAGUACGCUUUGCGCCCAGAAGAGACCGGAUUUCAAGCUUAUCGGUGAGCUUGUCAACCUGGCUGAGGAAGAUCAAGUGCAACUUGACCCCCAAACAGUCGCAACACUCUGCGUUAGGUUUCUGGAGAACGAACAGCACUACGACGUGAUGGACAUCCUAUCCGUCCACGCUUUCCAGUUCAGUGCUGCAGAGAGAGAGAUUGUUCAGGAGGCCUUUGUCAAGUUCUGUCUCGUUGAGACGAGCACCUCCCGUGCGUGGAGCAGCUACCAACUACUCCGACAGUUUUUCCAGGAUCUGAGCUUUGAACAUCGCGUGAGCUUGAUGGAAGCCUUCUUUAACCGAAAGCGACCUGACAUGGCAUCACACGUUUUUGGACACAUGCGACAACACAGGAAUAGCGAAUAUCACCCACAACUCGACACCUACAUCAAGUUCUUUGAGGGCCUAGGUCAAAACCCUGAUACCGAAGCACUAGAGAUGGUCUUCAAUAUGCUGAAGAUGGACACACACGUUCAACUAAACACACGGCUUUACACAUCCCUGAUUAUCGCCCACACUGCUUGUGACCGAUCCCUCCAGGCAAUGGACUUCUGGUCGGAGAUCACAUCAUCAAGAGAGGGACCCACCUACGCCAGUCUGGAGGCUGUCUUUUGGGCUCUCGAACGUAAGCCAGGAGGAUCUAAGGUCGCCCAAAAGGUUUGGAAGAGGAUAGAAAACAUGGACGUGGAUAUCCCUCCGACGGUGUACAACGCCUACGUCGGCGCCAUUGCGGGAAGUGCGGAAGAGCAGGAAGUUCAAAACAUCAUUCUGAGGAUGGGAAAAGUCACAGGAGUUGAACCGGGUGCAAUGACAUUAGGUGUGGCGUACAAUGCCCUUCCUGGGCAGGAACUACAAUCUAGGUUCCAGAGCUGGGCGAAAAUGCGAUACCCCGAGGUUUGGACAGAGUUGGAGAAAAAGGGAAAGCGAAUGACGGAGGAUUCGCUGUGUAAAUUCAAGCUAAACCGAGUCUUCAAGGCUUGA